AUGUACGCCGGGGAGGAAGACGUGUUCAACAGAGAGCCCGGAACAUGGACUCCAUCCAAGCCCUUCGAUCAAGGACUUGAUCCAGCCAAAGACCCCUGUCUUAAGAUCAAGUGCAGUCGCCACAAAGUGUGCGUGUCCGAGGAUUAUAAGACUGCCACUUGUGUCAGCCAGAGGAGAGUGAGUUUUAAAGAUUCCAGCGUGUACCAGAGUCCAGGGUCAAAGUGCAAACCCUGCCCUGUGGUUCACCCCUCUCCCGUCUGCGGAACUGACGGCCACUCCUACUCCACCAAGUGUAAGUUGGACUACCAGGCGUGCAUCACGGGAAAGAAGAUCGCUGUGAAGUGUUCUGGCAUGUGUCCUUGCCCCUCCCAGCCCGAGCAGAGCUCCGCAGAGAAGAAAGUGUGCAGCGAGUCGGACCUGAAGGAGGUGGUGAAUCGUCUGAGGGACUGGUUUCGGGUGCUGUAUGAGAAUGGCAACCACAAGAGAGUCAAGAUCCAGAAGCCAGAGAAGAACAAGUUCGAGGUUGGCACGUCCCCUAUUUGUAAGGACCCUGUGGGCUGGAUGUUCCCCCGCCUGGACACAAACUUUGACGUCCAGCUGGACCAAUCGGAGAUCAAGAGCCUCUACCUGGACAGGAACGAGCCGUGCUCCGACGCCUUCUUCAAAUCCUGCGAUACGCACAUGGACAAAGUCAUAACCAGCUCAGAGUGGUGCACAUGCUUCCAGAGGUACACAGAUUCCCCGUGUAAAGAAGAGCUGUCCAGUAUCAACAAAAAGCAAGCGGGGAAGAAAGUGAUUGGUCAGUACCUGCCAUCCUGUGAUGAGGAAGGUUACUACAGGUCCCACCAGUGCCACAGCAGCAGCGGCCAGUGUUGGUGUGUAGAUCGCUAUGGCAACGAGGACGCCAGCUCUCGCACGCAUGGCCCUGCAAACUGCGGCGUGAUUCUGGAGUCUUCCGGCGACCUCGGCAGCGGAGACUCGCUGUUCAGCGACGAUGACGAAGAUUCCUUCGUUCUCAACGACCAGGCCGGGAUGGACGACGAGGACGAUGAAGACGAGGACGACGACGACGACAACGACGAGUAUUUGUCGUAAUUUCAAAAACAGAAAAGAAAAAAAAAAGAAAAAAGAGAAAACUGUUUGUUUGGUCAAACUGCACGUUUCUAGGUGACUCCCCAAGCAGAUAAUCGUACUAACAGCCUACGGACUACUCUCUGUGUGUUGUUUGUUCAUAAGUAAAAAAAAAAAAAAAAAAUCCUGGGAAACGUUUAUGAUUUCUCUUCCUCUCUUAAGUAUAAAAUGUGAUUGGUUGACACCAGCCAAUCAGAGAACACGAUCCUGUGUUUGGGAUUCGGUCAUCUGUGCAAAGACCUCUCACCUGCUUUGGACAGUCCAUGUCUUAUAGUGUGUUGUGUCCUUGUGCAGCACUCUGAUGCCUAAGUCUGUUGAUGCCUGCGGCGCAAUGUUAAAGAGAUUUCCCCUCCUCCUCCUCCUCCUCCUCCACCACCUCCUCCUCCUCCUCCUCCUCUUCCUCCCAUCCCCCGCCGUCCUUUACUCCUUAUCAAAUGUUCCUGUGUAUAGGUGGGAUGUCGAUGAUGUAGAUAUAUUGCACUCUUUAGGUUUCUUUUGAUCUUGAUUUGUAAUCGUGACUGUAACUAUGUGGAAAAACAAGAUAAGAGUUAGACAUGCUUCAUUAGGAGAAUUAAGGCAACAACAAAAAAAAGAAAAAAGAAAACACAGCGCGAGUUGGGAUAACAAUCAGAACCGACAUGCUAGCUGUUUUCACAGAGACACAAAUCAAGUCAGAUCAUCUCAAAGACUCAGCAACAAGGAAAAACAAAUUACUGCUUGGCCGGUGGUGAUGGGGUGUUAUUGUUAUCUAUUUUUCUAAUCCAUUGUUGGUUGAAGACAGAUGAUGAAACAGAUUUGUUGUAGCAUGUCUAAUACUGCGUGAUGUCGUCUCAGUCUGUAGAACCAGAGGCCAAACCUUUGUGGAACUCAAAACAAAAUGGAGCUUGAGGGAAGAAAAAACGCCCCUCAAGCGUGUACAGAUGAAACUACACUUGCAUAGUUAAAUAAAGUGCUUGAGACACGAGUCUGUGUGAGAAAAAUUUAAAAAACAAACUCUCCUUCAAUACUUCAGUGGGCUAAAAGGGAACUUCGUCGGGCCUCAGAAGAGGAGUUUAUGUUUUUGCAAGUUCACGUUAUCUGAGCACACUUGUUUAACUGAACGACUCUCUUGCAAAGGGAUUAAAACGGCGUAGAGCCCUGCAGACCUCCUGAAACCGUCUGGCUGGGGAUGAAGGGUAAAGGUGUGCCUUUGACCGGUGGGGACAGACGGCGGGGACUUUGGGAGAAGCAUGCUUUAUGGACGGACGGAAGCUCGCUGGGACUCAGCCGUCCGUUCCCUGAUACCAUUUGGGUUUUGAUAUGGCUUGUGUUUUGGGUCUCUCUCUUGCAAUGGUGUAACAUAGGCCAUAUUUCAGAUCUUUUGAUUUGAUCCAUAGGAUAGCUAGAAUGUAGAAAAGCACACAUACAUUUAGCAGUCGAGGAGUAAAGAACACAACCAGAUUCUGCUGGAUUUUAAAAGAUGUUUUUAUAUUAGCACACCGGCUAGAGGAAGCUUUGGUUUAGAGAGCUUUAUACGAAAAGAGGGAUGAUUAUCUUACAGUGUUUUGCUCUUACUUUGUUUUAAAAGCUUGAUUUGUACCCGAUCUGCUCUAACUACUUAAAGUGUAUAUCUGUCAGGGCUGAGAACUGAAACUGAUCCCAGAUUUGUGUAUUCUUGACAAGUCGAUAGAUUAGUUAGAUUAGCUCCUAUGUUCAUUUUCAAUCCAUAAUCUGCCUUCGGGCUUCAUUCUGAAUAAAAACAUCCAUUGAAAUUCCACGUUAAGACCUGCAAAGUGCCAUCUAACUGUCCAGUAAUUUAGUUUUUUGCUCCCUUCAUUGCUUUUAACUUGGAAUUUCAACUCACUCUAAGAAACGGAAACGGUUUUAGUCUCAAAGUGUACUGUUUCAUGAGCGCGAUGACAUGCAAAUCAUUUUGAUGACCUCAGACACUGUAGCCACUCUCAACCAAUCACACACCGUCAUCACAGCUCUGUUAUGUUUUACGGUUAUGAUACAGAUGCAUUUUUUACAGUGUAUGUAUGAUUUGCUGAAAUAAAAGCUAUAUUGACCAAUA